CUUACAGCUGUUGCAAUGUAAACUGAGGGCGUACUGCGCUGUGGGUGCGUUUGCUCUCUCUACCACUCUUGACCUUUGGCACAGGAUUAAGUCCAUCUUGUUGCAGUACAGUAAACUUUGUAGCCUGUCCACCUCUGCAGAAUUAACCAUGGCGCUUCAAGCGAAGGCUCUGCUCACCUCUAAAUGGCUUGCAGAUGCUAUGAAGGUCCAGGGGAAAAUGCGCAUCUUGGACACUUCUUGGUAUUUGCCCAAGCUGCGACGCAACGCCAAGAGCGAGUUCAAGAAGAGGCACAUCGCGGGUGCAGCUUUCUUUGACAUAGAUCAGUGUUGUGAUAAAACAUCUCCUCUGGACCACAUGCUGCCGUCAGAGAGCUUUUUUGCAGAUUACGUCGGGAAUUUGGGAGUAGAGAACGACACGCACGUCGUGCUGUACGACGCCAGCGAGUUCGGCGCGUUCUCUGCGCCCCGCGUGUGGUGGAUGUUCCGGGUGUUCGGGCACAGCGCGGUGUCGUUACUCAACGGGGGGCUCAGGAACUGGGAGCUGGAGGGUCGACCGGUGACCGACCAGUACGUCAGACCGGCGCAUACCGAGUUUAAGGCCUCCCUGAACCGCUCCUGGAUCAAGACCUAUGAGGAUAUCCUGGAUAACCUGGACACCAAAAAGUUUCAGGUGGUGGACGCCAGGCCCACAGGCAGGUUCAGAGGACUGGACCCUGAACCCAGAGACAACACAGAGCCAGGCCACAUCCCGGGCUCCAUCAGCAUGCCCUUCCACUCCUUCCUGUCCCCGUCGGGUCACUUCCUGCCCAAGGAACGGCUCCAGGCUCUGUUCUCCUGGGCUGGCGUGGACCUCAGCCAGCCUGUCUGUGUCACAUGUGGCUCAGCCGUGACUGCUUGUCAUGUGGCGCUGGCGGCACACGAAUGCGGGCACGCUGGGGUGUCGGUGUACGACGGCGGGUGGUCGGAGUGGUACACCCGCGCCGUGCCUGAGCACGUCAUAUCUGAAGGACGAGGGAAACACGUGUGAUUGGUGUCGUUGAUGGAUUAAAACUGGAAGUGACUGGAAGAAAAGAAGGACGUCUUUCUUUGUUUUUGUGUACAGAAAUUUAAAGGAAUAGUUUGACAUUUUAGUAAAUAUUUGAAGGCUGAUCCACCCCUCUCUCAGGCUGAUUAGCUUAGCUUAGCUUAGCAUGACCGGCUAGUCUGACUUUGACUUUAAAAAAAAUCUCAAGACAAACAGGAUGUAUUGAGCUGUUAGUGAUGUUAGUUAGGCGAAAAGGAUCUGUGAUCUAUUACCUUCUAAUUUUAUUCGUUUACACAUUCAAUCUUGUUUUUUUGAUCCAUACGCAAAAAGAAAUGUAAGAACAAUGAGGCAACAGCGUCAGAGCCAGGCUGUAGCGGUCUUACCCUGCGCCCAGUCUGUAUGCUAAGCUAAGCUAACAUCUGCUGUCUCAUGUAGUAGACAGAUGUGAGAGUGCUGUCAGUCUUCUCAUUUAAUUAUCAGCAAAAAACGCUAAGAAUAUAUUUCCCGAAAUGUAAAGCUAUUCCUUGGAUGUGAAGAACAGUGUGUAAAGCAGACAUCACUGAGGGACACUUCUUUCAUUUUAGACACUAAACUCGACUUUUUAAGCAGUAAGCAGCAAACUGGAACAUUGUUGUUUACAGCUGCAAUGCUUAUGCUGGAAUAAAAAAGUCUCGUGUAUGCCUAUUGCACAUGAAAACAAGCCUGUUAGAAGCUCUGCACUUUGAGUUUGGCCGUCAGAGUUCUGAUCUGUGGACUGAAUAUUGUCCUUUCUAAAUAAGAUACCCGCCUCUCAAAUAAAGGUGCUCUCACAGAAUAAUUUAAGUUCAAUAAAUUUUUAAAUAAAUAAGAAUCACAGCCAUGUUAUGUUGCUCUUUAAUUGAUAGUUUGUUUUUUACAGACAGCCCACUUUGUCCCACAGCAAUUACAACACACCACUAUUGUGAAUGCUCAUUAUUUUCUUAUUCUAUUUAGUAAAAAAUAUUUAGUAUUUUUGUAGUGUCAAGGUCAAAAUCAGAAAAAUACUAACCAACUACUAAAUACCAAACACUGAGCAACAACAAAAGUAUUAACAGAAUUUGACACGAGAAGAAACCAAGUUUUGAGGAAACUUGAUAAGGUCAAGUGACUCAAGUUACAUAGUAAAAAAUAGUCACAGUUCAAAUAAAAAGGAAGUGAAGCUGUGCCUCACACUUUUUGUUUCAGUGGGCUCCUUGUUCAGUAAAGAUCAUUUCUAACAACUGCAGUCUAAAUAUUCUCUUCUACCAGUGUUGUACAAAUAAGUAAAAAAGAGUCAACCAGAUUCUUCAUCUCUGCUGUUCCAGAAUGAGGGAGUAGCCGUCUUGUCUCCCUAACUGAUCCAGACUGACAAACUGGUCAGGGCUGUCAAAAUC